AUGAAUCUUGCUUCGGUGGUGGGCGACGCGGGUGCGCCGCGGGAGGAGCCCCCGGUGAUGGUCGAGGUCGACGCCGACGGUGCCAGGGUGCGUGACACGAUGUACGUCUUUCUCAGCCGCCUCGUGGACCCUUCCCUGCGCCCCGCCGCUGCGCCGCUCGCUGAUCUGCAGUACGUUGUGCGGCAGCUCGAGCGCAUCAGCACGUGUGUUGACUGGUCGACGUGCGUUGUGCGAUGGGGGGACUUCAGCCUCUUCGACGAGGACGCAAGCACGGCGAUCGAGUUUGACUAUCAACGUUUUUCGCCUUUCAUAGACCUUGCGCUGCAUCAAGUGCUUUCCCAGUACUACGCAGAGGAUUACGCUAACCGCGGCAAGUGCAGUCCGAGUUUGGUGUUCUCGUGUGUGCCUCGCUGCCUCGGUAUUCGUGCGCUGCGUGCCUCCAUGGUGGGGCAGCUGUGCUCAAUUACGGGCGUUGUCACGCGAACCUCACAGGUGCGGCCGGAGUUGCUCGUUGGCGUUUUUCGCUGCAAUGACUGCGGAACGGAAAGUCAGCCUGUUCUGCAGCCAUUUCAUUACACGGAGCCUCCGGCCUGCCGCGACCCACAGUGUGAGAACAAGAACCGCUUUCAACUUGUCCCGACCCAUCCGCAGACGAGGUUUGGCGACUGGCAGAAGAUACGGCUGCAGGAGGAUGCCAAUAACAUUCCAGCGGGGUGUGUGCCCCGCACCAUGGAACUUAUCGCGCGCAACGAUGGGGUGGAGGUGGCGAAGCCGGGUGACCGUGUCAUUGCGGUUGGCUGCCCCAUCGUCGUCCCAGAGGUGGCGAAGCUGCUUAGUCAGUCCCACCGGCGCGAGGUGCAGCGGGAAAUGUCGGGAGUUCAACGGGCGCAGCAGGAGGCGCAGCAGGAGGUGGAGGGCGCCACGGGGCUGCGGGCCCUGGGUGUGCGGGAGCUGAACUACCGCAUGUGUUUCCUGGCAACGACCAUCACGGACGCCAAUGGUGACGACCGCAAGAUGACGGAGGCGGUGAAGGACUCCGCCGACGGCGCCGCGGAGCGGGAGCAGGUCCGUCUCACGCCCGCGGAGCUGGAGAAGGUGCGGUUGAUGCGCGGCCACGACAACUUGCUCAAGGCGCUCACCGAGUGCGUUGCCCCAAAUAUCUUCAAGCAUGACGUGGUGAAGCUGGGACUGCUGCUGCAGAUGGUGGGCGGGGUUUCGAAGAGCACGCUGGAGCAGAUCGGACUGCGGGGGGACAUUAACGUCUGCAUCGUUGGUGACCCCUCCACCGCAAAGUCGCAGUUUCUGAAGUGGGUGGCGGGGAACGUGUCUCGUGGGGUGUACACGAGCGGGAAGGCCUCGACGGCGAGUGGUCUCACGGCGACCGUGACGCGCGACGCGGACACCGGCGACCGCACGAUUGAGGCGGGUGCCCUCAUGCUGAGCGACCGCGGCGUCUGCUGCAUUGACGAGUUUGACAAGAUGGACGUGAAGGAUCAGGUGGCGAUCCAUGAGGCGAUGGAGCAGCAGACCAUCUCCAUCGCCAAGGCAGGGAUUAAGGCGACGCUGAGCGCCCGCACGUCCCUCCUCGCUGCGAUGAAUCCCAUUGGGGGGAAGUAUGACCGCCGAAAGCCUCUGCAGAAGAACGUGGCCAUGACGGCGCCCAUUAUGUCCCGGUUUGACCUCAUGUUUGUCAUCGUGGAUGAGUCCAACGACGAAGCGGACUACGCGAUUGCCGAUCAGCUGCUGCGGCUCCACCGCUUCGGUGACCGUGCCGUGCGGCCACCGUUUUCGGUGGAGGAUUUCCAGUUGUACCUUCGCUACACGCGCUCCCUCACGCCACGCUUGAAAGAGGAAUCGGUGCAACUCAUCGUCUCAGCGUACCGCGACAUGCGGCUGCAGGACUCCCUCUCCAACCGCAGCAAAGUCUACCGCGUCACAACGCGUCUUUUGGAGAGCAUCAUUCGCCUCUCUGAGGCAGUGGCGAAACUGUACAUGAGCGAGGACGUGCAGCCGGUCCACGUGGAGGUGGCGCUGGAGCUCAUGCGUCAGUCCCUUUCGACACUUGACAUGACCGAGGUGGAGCUCGUCGGCAUUUCCGACCCCUUCGAAGUCGCCUCCAAGGGCGUCAAGGAGGAGCCGCCGGAGCAGCAGCAGAAGCAGCAGGAACAACAGGACACACGGCAGAGAAAACGGCCUCGGCAGCAGGAGCAGCAAGAGUUGCCGUCGGUAACAGCGGGGGAGCUGCAUACGACGGCGAGGCGCAAAGGAGGCAAGGGGGCCGCCGCUGUCGCUGUCGCAGCCGCAGCAGCCGCACCUGCGCCGCGAAAGACGGUUAUCAGUGCAGACCACUACUUUGGGAUCGUUAACCGCCUCGUUGCCAGGCUGCAGUCGCUGGGGGAGGCCAACCCGCCCUCCCGUGCGGAGCUGGUUACGUGGUACAUGGAGCAGGUGCGCUCUCUCAAUAAGUCACAGCUGGAGGCGGAGCUGCGUUACGUGAACCUCGUCAUUCAAAAGAUGCUGAAGGACGGGAACCUGCUCGAGGUGGAGGUGCAGGAUGGGGACGGCGAAAAGAUCUUCCUUGACCCCAACUACAACCCCGACGUCACACAACAAUGA